CUUUAUAGCCAUGAGGGGAUAGACAGGGUCUACACACUUUGUACGACUGUCAUCUCCUCCCACAGUUGGCUAUCCAGCGAGUUACACUCAUUACAUUGGCUCAAUUAUCGUUACUAAGGCCCCGUCAGUUACGCUUAGGUGAUUUACAUUUGCGCAGAAAUUUCUUCCGAGUCACCAUUCCACUUUUCUCUCCUAUUCAUUCUUCCAGGUACACCUCGCCAAUCCUUUCACAACUCCAUCGUUAGAGCAUAUUCUAUCCUUAUUCGCUUGGUUACUAGGCGACACUUCGCUCCCUACGGUUGCAUUGCCGUUACUCCCAAUGAAAUGUCAAAAAGGCCGAUUUUUGACCUUUCUGACUUGCCAACUCUGGAUUCUCUGACAAAAUGUAAAGAUUUUGUAGAGAAAUUAAAGGAAUCCAACAGAGGUAUCGCAGAGGGGCUCAGGGAGGGGACAUUUGCCAGCACAGUCGACGCUAACCUAGAAAUCAUCAAAAGUGACGCUCCAGAGCUCAAAAUAAAGGAGCAGGAAGAGGAAGCUAUCGUUUUAGAAGUCGGAGCUGGCGUUUUCGAUGUUAAAGGAGAUCCAAUGAGCAAAGAAUCAGCCAAGAAGGCAGGUGUAACGGUAGUAGACGUCGACAGCGAGGUUGUCAAGGAACCUACUCCUCUCAUUACCGAAAUAGUUAGAGAUGAAGAUGCACAUUGA